CAACUUCGAGUUCGACAUCUCACCGCGAUGAGCUCGAAGCUGCCGACGACGACGAGGGCUUUACUUGUUAGACCUGCGCGUUCUUCGCAGGGAAAGGCGCGUCUGUACGACGCGAGGCUCGAGGAGCAGGACCUGCGCCCGCUGAAGAAGGGCGAGCUACUCGUCAAGAUCAAUGCCGUGUCGUUCAACCAUCGUGAUCAAUGGAUUCGGCUGGGCAAAUACCCAGCCAUCGGAGAAGGCAGCCCGUUCGGCGCGGACGGUGCAGGCACUGUGAUAGGGGCGGCAGACGCGAACGACCCGUUGAUUCGUAAGAGAGUGUUCCUCGUGCCCAUGCGAGGGUGGGAGAAGGAUCCCGAUGCCCCGGAAUCACCAGAUCUAGUUAUCAUCGGAGGCUCAGCCAAGAUUCCGCUGGGGACCUUCUCGGAAUAUGUGAUCGUAGAGCGCGAUCAGGUCGUUCGGAGCCCGGAACAUGUAGACGACGAGCACUUGGCUGCGUGGCCCGUGGCGGGCACGACAGCAUGGAGAGCCGCGAUCGUAAACGGCAGAGUGAAAGCGGGCGACAACGUCCUGAUCACGGGGAUAGGCGGGGGCGUCGCGCUCGUUGCUAUGCAGCUCUGCCUCGCCAAGGGCGCGAAGGUGUACGUCACGAGCGGGGGCAAGGAGAAGAUCGACAGUGCGGUCAAGAUGGGCGCCACAGCCGGAUUCAACUACAAAGAUGCGGAUUGGGCGGCGCAGCUCGGCAAAGCGCUGAAGGCGACGUCUAAGGACAAGCCGCUGCUCGACGUCAUCGUCGAUUCUGGCGGCGGUGAGAUCAUGACUUCGACGAAUAAGAUCCUGAAGGCUGGCGGGCGAGUCGUUUGCUACGGAAUGACGGCCGUGCCGAAGAUCACAUUCACCAUGCGGGAAGUGCUCAAGAACCAACAAUUAAUAGGAUCGACGAUGGGAUCACACCGGGACAUCGUCGAGGCGACGAAGUUCAUGGCAGAGCAUCGCAUUGUGCCGACCGUGUCGCAUGUCAUUGAUGGGCUGGAGAACGCACAAGAGGGGUUCGAUCUUAUCAAGGCAGGCGCGCAUUUCGGGAAGGUGGUGGUGAGGAUUAGACAUGGGAGAGAGGUGUUUGCAAAGUUGUAGGGUGUGCUGUGAUGUUUGCUGUGAUUUGUAUUUGCUGUGAUCUACUGACGUUGUACUUCGGCAAAACUGUAAAUUAUAUUUCCAUGAGGAUGAAACACGCAAGGCAAUUCGCGUCUUCGACGGUACACGAUGCAUCCUCUGCCCCCCUCCCGGGGGACCCCUAUGUAAGGAUCAUCGUCCUGAGCUGCGGUGCCAUAUCUACGCAUGUCGCGCGGUGGCCUCUAGGUCCUCGGCUAUACCCACUAACAGAGCCCGGUAGCUAUAUGGCGGUGCAAAUCCUUGCUCUACUGAGUCUUCAAGAAAUUUUGCUCCCGUAUCCGCUGCCUGUUCUCCUUCCGUAGCCGGACCUUCUCCGCCUUGCCCCCGGGCCCAUCGUACGGCAGCUCCUUCUUCUCCAAGAGCUUCCACAGCCAAUCCGGGUAUUCCUCGUCGGGUAGGGCGAGCACUGGCGGCUGGUCCUUCAGGUAGUUUACGCCGACCAAGACGGUGUUAGGAGGACAUGAGGAUUUUGGUUCUGGCUCUGCUGCCGCUGGCUUUGUAGCCGCUUUUGUAGCGUACGAGCGCGUCUUACACAGCGGACGGAGGCACGACGGUCGAAAUGCGCGCAGAAGGGACA